AGCGUAGCAAAUAUUUAUUUUUUUAGAAAGGUAUAAAAUACGGGAAAAUAUUUAAACGGGAUGACACCGGGAAAGAAUGGUAAAAUAUGGGAUAAACGAGAGUGUUGACAGGUAUGAAGCAGUGUAGUUGACUGUGUAAACAGGUUCAUGCCAGCAGGAAACCUCCCACUGACUGAUGGUUUAUGGUCGCCUUGGCAACACCAAGUUCUGCGGGGCCACUCUCUUCUUCUCGGUCCAAGAGGUCCUGAAAUCGACAAGCUAAAGGAAGGGGAAGCUGUCAUGUCGGAUCUACUUAAAGACAAAACUCAAAGAAGAGAGAAGAGGACAGGCAAGGCUCCCUCAGAGGGAGUCAGAGGCAAGGAAACAACUGGCAGGACUAACGUUAAGGACUCUAUAAGUACUGUUUCGUGUGUGGAUGAACUAGGACACCAUGAUGACAACGCUCGGAUGCCCGUAACAAUGGAGAACACCUAUCAAAUGGGACCUUACAAACGCUUCCCUGUUCCUGCUGUCACCGACAUACUGAAGGAUGUACUUACCAGUUACCUCCAAGAGGAGAAAUAUGAAGUAGAGUGGUCUCAAAAAAUGACCAAAACAAUUUGUGAGGUGAUAAGAGCACGUGUGAAGGACCUCAUGAUUCCCCGAUAUAAGAUUGUCGUCCUUGUGCACAUCGGACAACUCACCGGGCAGAGCAUGCAAAUCAGCAGCCGAUGUCUAUGGGAUGCAUCUAAUGACACCUUCGCCUCUUACUCCUUCAAAAACAGCUCUCUGUUUGGUGUGGCAACUGUCUACGCUGUUUACUUUGAGUGACUCAUGUAGACAUUGAAUACUCUGAUAAGAACACAAGGCUCACUAGUCAUACAUUUCUCACAGUUCUGAAAAGAUUACUGCUGUUGAAGAGUUUUUUUAUCUGUGUUGUAUAUUUUGCCAUGUGUAAAAUGAUAAAACAAGAAUUUGUAACCAAAAUUCAUGGUGUUUUUUUAUUUUUGCUAGCAUGGAAAAUGAAAUCACAUCAACAACA